AUGUUUAAUCCUGAAGACCCCGAGGUUUCUCCACGAGAAGUAAAUGAUCCUCCUGAAGAAACCGAUCUUUCCGCACGAGAACCUGAUGUUUUUCGUGAAGAGCAUGACGUUUCGCCAUGAGAACUUAAUGUUGUUUCCAGACAAAACUGAUGCCUCUCCACUAGAACUGCAUCUUUUUUCCUCAAGAAACCCAAGGUUUCUCCAGAAGAACGUCAUAUUGCUUCCAGACGAGACAGAUUUUGCAACUCCAGAACUUGACCUCCAAUUUUCUUUAUGAUAACUAGUACCAAAUCGGGAUGUAUUUUUGUUUUCUUUGAAAAAUAUUGUUUUGGUGUUUGGCAGAGUUAACAAAAUCUACCCUAAGCAAAAGGACAAGUUUUUUAGCAGGGCUUCCAGUAUUUUGGUUCUUCUAACAAUGUAUUUAAUACUUUGAUGAUUAUUUUCAGUUUCUUUGCUAUUUAAUUGUUCUUGUAAAGAAGGUGAAUAUCACAUUUUCUGAAUAUGUAGUCUCCCGCAUUGAUUAACCGCCUGUAGAACAAAAUACGAUGGUUUCUUUUCGAAUUUUGUGUUUAAUGUGAUUCCAUACAACAAUGUUUCUCAAAGUGUCCUCUUCAAAAUGGCGGUCAAGCAAAAUCUUGAUUUUUAGCGAUUCGGAUGUGGCAUGGGAUUUUUUGGCGGUUUCCACCUAAAUCUUAGGUCAAACCACCUAAAAAUCACCUUUAGGUUAAGGUUAAAAAAUUCAUAAUUCAUAAAAAGCAUC